AUGUGGGUGAACCCCGAAGAGGUGCUGCUGGCCAACGCGCUGUGGAUCACCGAGAGAGCCAACCCUUACUUCAUCCUGCAGCGGAGGAAGGGGCACUCGGGCGAUGGAGGCGGCGGCGGCGGACUGGCGGGCCUCCUGGUGGGCACCCUUGAUGUCGUGUUGGACUCCAGUGCCCGGGUCGCUCCUUACCGCAUCCUGUACCAGACUCCAGAUUCUUUGGUCUAUUGGACCAUCGCCUGUGGUGGUUCCAGAAAAGAAAUCACUGAACACUGGGAAUGGCUAGAGCAGAAUCUGCUGCAGACACUUUCCAUCUUUGAAAAUGAGAACGAUAUCACCACAUUUGUAAGAGGAAAAAUACAGGGCAUCAUUGCAGAGUAUAACAAAAUCAACGAUGUGAAGGAAGAUGACGACACAGAGAAGUUCAAGGAGGCCAUCGUGAAGUUCCACCGGCUGUUUGGAAUGCCCGAGGAGGAGAAGCUCGUCAACUAUUACUCUUGCAGCUACUGGAAGGGGAAGGUCCCCCGACAGGGUUGGAUGUACCUCAGUAUUAAUCACCUUUGCUUUUAUUCUUUUCUGAUGGGAAGGGAAGCCAAGCUGGUCAUCCGGUGGGUGGACAUCACUCAGCUCGAGAAGAACGCCACGCUGCUUCUACCCGAUGUGAUCAAAGUGAGCACAAGGUCCAGCGAGCAUUUCUUCUCUGUAUUCCUCAACAUCAAUGAGACCUUCAAGCUAAUGGAGCAGCUCGCCAACAUUGCCAUGAGGCAACUCUUAGACAAUGAGGGCUUUGAACAAGAUCGAUCCCUGCCCAAACUGAAAAAGAAAUCUCCUAAGAAAGUGUCUGCCCUAAAACGUGAUCUGGACGCCAGGGCCAAGAGUGAGAGGUACCGUGCACUCUUCCGGCUGCCCAAAGAUGAAAAAUUAGAUGGCCACACAGACUGCACCCUCUGGACUCCAUUCAACAAAAUGCACAUUUUGGGGCAGAUGUUUGUGUCCACGAACUAUAUCUGCUUCACCAGCAAGGAGGAGAACCUGUGUAGCCUCAUUAUCCCACUGCGAGAGGUGACUAUUGUAGAGAAAGCAGACAGCUCCAGCGUGCUCCCCAGUCCUCUGUCCAUCAGCACCAGGAACAGGAUGACCUUUCUCUUUGCCAACUUGAAGGACAGAGACUUUCUGGUGCAGAGGAUCUCUGACUUCCUGCAACAGACGACCUCCAAAAUAUACUCAGACAAAGAAUUCGCAGGAAGCUACAACAGUUCGGAUGAUGAGGUGUAUUCCCGGCCCAGCAGCCUCGUUUCCUCCAGUCCCCAGAGGAGCACCAGCUCCGAUGCUGACGGCGAGCGCCAGUUCAACCUCAAUGGCAACAGUGUCCCCACGGCCACGCAGACCCUGAUGACCAUGUAUCGGCGGCGGUCUCCCGAGGAGUUCAACCCGAAAUUGGCCAAAGAGUUUUUGAAAGAGCAAGCCUGGAAGAUUCACUUUGCGGAGUACGGGCAAGGGAUCUGCAUGUACCGCACGGAAAAGACCCGGGAGCUGGUGCUGAAGGGUGUCCCUGAGAGCAUGCGUGGGGAGCUCUGGCUGCUGCUGUCCGGUGCCAUCAACGAGAAGGCCACCCACCCUGGCUACUAUGAGGACCUCGUGGAGAAGUCCAUGGGGAAGUACAACCUUGCCACGGAGGAGAUUGAGAGGGACCUGCACCGCUCGCUUCCAGAACACCCCGCUUUCCAGAACGAAAUGGGCAUCGCGGCUCUGAGGAGAGUCUUGACUGCUUAUGCUUUUCGAAAUCCUAACAUAGGGUAUUGCCAGGCCAUGAAUAUUGUCACAUCCGUGCUGCUGCUUUAUGCCAAAGAGGAGGAAGCUUUCUGGCUGCUGGUGGCUUUGUGUGAACGCAUGCUCCCUGAUUAUUACAACACCAGGGUGGUUGGUGCCCUGGUGGACCAGGGUGUCUUCGAGGAGCUGGCCCGGGACUAUGUCCCGCAGCUCUACGACUGCAUGCAGGACCUGGGCGUGAUCUCCACCAUCUCCCUGUCCUGGUUCCUCACCCUGUUUCUUAGCGUGAUGCCCUUUGAGAGUGCAGUGGUGGUCGUCGACUGUUUCUUCUAUGAAGGAAUCAAAGUGAUAUUCCAGUUGGCCCUAGCUGUGCUCGAUGCAAAUGUAGACAAGCUUUUGAACUGCAAGGACGAUGGGGAGGCUAUGACCGUUUUGGGAAGGUAUUUGGACAGCGUGACCAACAAAGACAGCACGCUGCCCCCCAUCCCUCACCUCCACUCGCUGCUCAGUGAUGACGUGGAGCCCUAUCCCGAGGUUGACAUUUUCAGACUCAUCAGAACUUCCUAUGAGAAAUUUGGAACUAUCCGGGCGGAUUUGAUUGAGCAGAUGAGAUUUAAACAGAGACUAAAGGUGAUCCAGACGCUGGAAGAUACUACAAAACGGAAUGUGGUACGAACCAUUGUGACUGAAACGUCCUUUACCAUUGAUGAACUAGAAGAACUGUAUGCUCUUUUCAAGGCGGAACAUCUAACCAGCUGCUACUGGGGCGGGAGCAGCAAUGCGCUGGACCGGCAUGACCCCAGCCUGCCUUACCUCGAGCAGUAUCGCAUCGACUUGGAGCAGUUCAAGGGCAUGUUUGCUCUGCUCUUUCCCUGGGCCUGCGGGACUCACUCUGACGUGCUGGCCUCCCGCUUAUUUCAGUUAUUAGAUGAGAAUGGAGACUCUCUGAUCAACUUCCGAGAGUUUGUCUCGGGGCUGAGUGCUGCAUGCCAUGGGGACCUCACCGAGAAGCUCAAACUCCUAUACAAAAUGCACGUCCUCCCGGAGCCAUCCUCCGAUCAAGACGAGCCAGAUUCUGCUUUUGAAGCGACUCAGUACUUCUUUGAAGACAUCACCCCAGAAUGCACACAUGUGGUUGGAUUGGACAGCAGAAGCAAACCCAGUGCAGAUGAUGGCUUUGUUACCGUGAGCUUAAAGCCGGACAGAGGAAAGAGGGCGAAUUCUCAAGAAAAUCGUAAUUAUCUGAGACUCUGGACUCCAGAAAAUAAAUCCAAAGCAAAGAAUGCAAAGGAUUUACCAAAACUGAAUCAGGGGCAGUUUAUCGAGCUGUGUAAGACGAUGUACAACAUGUUCAGCGAGGACCCCAACGAGCAGGAGCUGUACCACGCCACGGCCGCGGUGACCAGCCUCCUGCUGGAGAUUGGGGAAGUGGGCAAGCUCUUCGCCCCGCAGCCUGCCAAGGAGGGCGGGGGCGGGGGCAGCGGGCCGGCCAGCCACCAGGGCCUCCCCGGCAGCGUGCUCUUCCCCAGGAAAGGGCCGAGCCCGCCUUACGCGCCCGAAGCCGUGGAGCCCCUGCCGGCCAGCUUGGCCGGGGCCGGCGAGGAGCACUCCCUGGGCGGACAGAUGGAGGACAUCAAGCUGGAGGACUCCUCGCCCCGGGACCACGGGGCCUGCUCCUCCAUGCUCAUCUCGGACGACGACACCAAGGACGACAGCUCCAUGUCCUCUUACUCGGUGCUGAGCGCCGGCUCCCACGAGGAGGACAAGCUCCACUGCGAGGACAUCGGCGAGGACACGGUCCUGGUGCGCAGCGGCCAAGGCACAGCGGCGCUGCCCCGAAGCACCAGCCUGGACCGGGACUGGGCCAUCACCUUCGAACAGUUCCUGGCCUCUCUCCUGACCGAGCCAGCCCUGGUGAAGUACUUUGACAAGCCCGUGUGCAUGAUGGCCAGGAUCACCAGUGCUAAAAACAUCCGGAUGAUGGGCAAGCCCCUCACCUCCGUCAGUGACUAUGAGAUCUCGGCCUUGUCCGGCUGA